AUGAUUAUGCCUCGAACAUUUCUAGUCAUAGCCGACAAUGCAAACCUUUGCAUACAUGAUGUACAACGUCUGAAAUCAAAGUUCAAAGGGAUACCCAUCUACCAGAGUGCGAAUUGCGAAGUGAAUUCAUCGCUUGAAGACCUCAGUUCAAUUGAGCGCAUAAAUGGCUCUCUACUUAUCAGCGAUUGUCCCGGACUUGGUAGAUUUGACGCACUCAGAGGUCUAAAAGAAGUUACUGUACCUGCAGGAAGACAAGGACCCGCGAUUAUGAUUGAGGGGAACCCUGGUCUCUCCUCCCUGGAUUUUCCGGAGCUCUCCAAAAUUGAAUCCUCUGACGACAUCAAAAUUCGAAUCGUUAGGAAUCCUUCACUCACGAUGAAAAAAGCCCUCGUGGAAAAUAAU